UCCGCGUACGGAUCCCCCCCUUCAGGGUAUAUAAAUCGCAAGUGCAAACAAAGCAAGAGCCGGAUAUCCAGUUUGGUCAUGAUCUGUUCCAGUACGUAGCUAUUCAAUGAUCCAGCGGGUUCAUUUUUCGUUCAUACUGAAAAGGAUCUAGUUUUUGGAGGAGGAGGAGGAAGAAAAAAUUCAUCCGCAUUCCGCCAUGUCUUACAAUGGCAGCGGAGCUCUGAUCCAUCAUCAUCAUCACGAUUACGGUUAUCAUCAUCUCGUUGCGGGUAUUCGAUCUCCAACAGUUUCUUCCGCACCGGAUUCUUCCUUUGUGGGCGCACAGGAUCAUCACCAGCGGCUCGACUGUUCCAUGUCGGCCGCUUUGACUGGUUAUCAUCCUCAUCAGCAAACGAUCGGAGCUACCGAUUGCGGUCAGACUCAUCAGGCGGAACAAUCGCAAUCGAUUGGGCAACCCAUUUCACAAAAGGCUAAAUCAUCCGCAAACAGGGGAAUGAGACCUUGCCGGUUGUCUGCGACGGCCAAGAAACGGAAACGGGUGGCGACGGUUGCGCAGCGAAGGGCGGCAAACAUCCGCGAGCGACGUCGCAUGUUCAACUUGAACGAGGCGUUCGACAAAUUGCGACGCAAAGUGCCAACGUUCGCCUACGAGAAGCGACUGUCGCGCAUCGAAACUCUACGUCUAGCCAUUACGUACAUUUCGUUCAUGGAUCAAGUCAUCCGCAACGAAUCCAAAUCAUCACAACCCAUUGCGUCUUCCAGCGCCACUCAUCCACUCGCUUCCGCAGUCGAUUAUCGGGAGUCUACUUCCUGGUGAAUUGAAUUUCAUUUUUCAGGAAAGAGUGCUGAAAGUCUUCCAUAAUCGCCAUCGAAUAAAUCUCUAAAACACACAAAGCUACACCUCGGGAUCGAGCGGGAAAAAGUCUUCCAGAAAAUAUCGUUUGUUGUUGCAAAUAUCUUGUUUGUUUUGUUUUGUUUCUAAAUUUCUUUUCCCAUUUUGUAAAUGUGAUUUUUCUUGAAUGUUAAAUCAAAUUUAAUAUACUACGUGUUGCAAGAGAUAAGAACUCUUGCGUCACACAACUCA